CAAAAUAUGUUGAUAUGCCCCAAUUUUCGAACGCUUUCGCCUGCAUCCAGUGCGGCAAAGUGUACCGCGGUGGUGCCACGCUGAAGCGCCAUCAGAGGUACGAGUGCGGGAAGGCUCCCGAGUACUCCUGCAAAGUGGGCAACUGCAGUUACAAGUCCAAGUACAAGUUCACCCUGAGAAAUCACAUGAUCGCAAAGCACGGCGUCAUCAUGACGAAACCCGACACACCCUACAAAUAAAUACACAAACACAAAAAAAAAAACCGACAAGAUUUGGAAGAUUGUAACAACCUAAACCUUACCAAAUCACCAAAAGAAAAAGAAAUUGAAAGAAAAACUGAAGAAUGUUCCUUUAUUUACCCUCCGACUCUUUAAACAGUUGUUGAUGUUGCUGUCUAUUAUAGUUAUUACUUUACUUUUUUUUAUUUACCGAAGAGGAUAUUAUUAUUAUUUGAUUAUUUUUUGAUCGAGAAUUCUGUUAUUAUUUGCUUGUUUUAUACUUGUUGAAAGUUACAAUAAAACGAACGUGAAAAAACCAAAGAGACUACGAUUCUCGAUGUUAAUUACUAUUGGACGAUCCAUUUCUCAUCAUUUCUGUAUCAUCAUCUAUUAAUUUUUUUUAUGUUUCUCUUUCUCUAUAUAUUUUU